GUCAGUAAUUCUUCUGAUUCUUAUGUCCUUUCCUGAAAAUAAACAGUUAGCAGAAUUUCAGAGCUGCUGUUUAAUGGUUUCAGAGGAGUAAAUAGAAAGUUCUGCAAAUAUAAUUUGAGAAGUGAGUCAGUGACAGAAGAUGACAUCAGAGCAGAUUUGGGAUACACCGGAUGAGGAUCAAAACAGAAACGUCUUUUACAGAUGCUGUUGCUGUUACAGAGGAUCUAAACAGAAGCAUGGAAAAAAACAUGUACACUCUGAUUCAGUCCCGAUGAAAAAUGACCAGAAUGGAGACACCCAGUAUAUAGAAGCUGAAACAAGUGCAAGUGUGCAUGCUCCUUUUUUGACUAAAAACAAUAUUCAAACAGUAAACUUUUAUGGCUCAAAUCCUGCAGGAAAUGAUCAACAGAAAUCUUUAGUGACAGCAGAGGAACAGUUGGAAAAUCAAGAGGUUUUGAGGCUGCAACAAUUCUUGGUAACUCACAAAACCAACAUGAAGAAGAAAGUAGAACAUAUUUUUGAGUGCAAGAAAGAAAAUGAAGCAUGUCUCGAAGCUGUUUACACAGAACUGUUCAUCACAGAGGGAGAUAUGAAAGAUGUCAAUCAGGAACAUGAGCUUCAUAAAAAUGCUCUAAAGACCCAGAAAUCACAAGACACGCCAAUCAACUGCAAUGAUAUAUUUACAUUAUUAAGAAGAAAAUGUGAGAAAAAGAUUGUGCUGACUAAGGGCAUUGCUGGCAUUGGAAAAACUGUGUCUGUGUAUAAGUUCAUCAUGGACUGGGCUGAAGGAAAAGCCAAUCAGGAUAUAGACUGUGUGUUCAUGCUUCCAUUCCGUGAGAUUAACAGCAUUAAAGACAGAGAGGUCAAUCUUCAUGAGUUCUUACAGGUAUUUUAUAAUGAAUUGAAGGACCUGGCAAAAUCAAAGUUAUAUACAGACUCUAAACUUGCAUUUAUAUUUGAUGGACUUGACGAGAGUCGACUGCCUUUGAAUUUUGAAAGCAGAGUAUUGAGCAGUGUUCAGGAAAAGUCAUCUGUAGAUAUGCUAUUUAUAAAUCUUGUCAAAGGGUAUCUGCUACCAUCAGCUCUUGUGUGGGUGACCUCACGACCAGCAGCAGCCAAUCAGAUUCAUCCUCAAUAUGUGGGUUUGUUUACAGAGGUGAGAGGAUUCACUGAUCAACAAAAGGAGGAGUACUUCAGAAAGAGAAUCACAGAUGAGACUCAGGCCUCCAGAAUCAUCUCACACAUUAAGACAUCUCGUAGUCUCUACAUAAUGUGCCACAUUCCUGUGUUCUGCUGGAUCACAGCCACAGUACUUCAGGAUAUUCCCAUUGAGGACAAUAUGGAGAACAUCUGCACAACACUCACUGAAAUGUACAUUCACUUCCUGUUGAUACAGGUGAACAUUAAGAAUCAGAAGUAUGACAAAAAAGAAGAAAGACAACGUACAAAACAUUUACAAUCAAAUAGCCCAAUGAUUUUGAAUUUAGCCAAGCUGGCAUUUGAACAGCUGAUGAAGGAACAAAUUGUGUUCUAUGAGGAAGAUCUGGAAGAAUGUGGUAUUGAGGUGAAUGUAGACACUGAGUUCACAGGAAUGAUCACUGAGAUCUUUAAGAAGGAAAAGGGACUUCAUGAGAUAAAGGUCUUCUGCUUUGUGCAUUUGAGUGUUCAAGAGUUCCUCGCUGCAGUGCAUGUUAUCAUCUGUUACAUGAACAAGAACAUGCAGGAGCUUCAGCAUUUCUUUGAUGAGACAACACAAAAUUACACUUUGCAGGAGCUACUACAGAAGGCCAUUGAGAAAGCCAUGAUGAGUCAGAGAGGACAUCUGGACCUGUUCCUACGGUUUCUGAUGGGCAUUUCACUGAUAUCUAACCAAACCCUGCUCAAAGGCCUGAUCAACCGCACUGAAGACACCACAGAAAGCAUCACAAAAACAGCUGAAUACAUUAAAAAAGUCCAAAGCGAAUACAGUAUCUCAGAUGAGACUUCUGUCAACCUAUUUUUCUGUUUACUUGAGCUCAAGGAUCAUUCAUUAUAUGAGGAAAUCCAGAGUUAUCUCAGUUCAGAUGCACAUCCAGGAAGAGAACUUUCAUCUUCAAUGUGCACAGUGCUGAUCUACAUACUGCUGAUGUCAGAGAAGGUGCUGGAUGAGUUCAGUCCAAAGAGGUUCACAUCAUACCAAGCAGACUACAAGAGACUCAUUCCAGCUGUGAGAUGCUGCAAAAAGGCAUUAUUUGACAACUGUGGAUUUGAUGAAACUUGCUGUGAAACUCUGUCUUCUGCUCUUCAAUCAUCAAACUCCCAUCUAACUGACCUGGAUCUGAGUACCAAUUACCUGCAGGAUUCAGGAGCGAAGCUGCUAUAUGAAGGACUGAAGAUUUCACACUGUAAACUGAAGAUACUGAGGCUGUGUGGAUGUUAUCUCACUGACCAAUCCUGUGAAAGUUUAUCUUUAGCUCUACAAUCCUCUGUCCUGAGAGAGCUUGACCUGAGUAACAAUAACCUGCAGGAUUUGGGAGUGAAGCUGCUUUCUGAUGGACUGAAAAGUCCAAACUGUCAGCUAGAGAUACUGAGAUUUUCCAUUUGUAAUCUCACUGCUCACUCUUGUGAGAGUUUGUCAUCAGUUUUACAAUCAUCAAAAAACAUCCUGAGUGAACUGGAUCUGAGUAACAAUGACCUGCAGGAUUCAGGAGUGAAGCUUCUUUCUGAAGGCCUGAAGAAUCCAAACUGUCGGCUGGAGAUACUGAGGUUGUCUGGCUGUAUGGUGACAGAGGAAGGCUAUGGUUUUGUGUAUUCAGCAUUGAAUUCCAACCCCUUAUAUCUGAAAGAGCUGGAUCUGAGCUACAAUCACCCAGGAAAUUCAGGAGUGAAGCCGUUUUCUAAAAAACUGGAGGAUCAAAACUGCAAACUCAAUGUUGAUCAUGAAGGAGAAUUCAGGAUUACAACAGGACUAAAGAAAUAUGCCUGUGAUCUCACACUGGAUCCAAACACAGCAAACAAUCAACUCAUUCUGUCUGAGGAGAACAAAAGGGUGACAUGUUGGGAAAAUAAACAGGAGUAUCCUGAUCAUCAAGACAGAUUUACUUUUUAUCCUCAGGUGUUGUGUAGAGAGAGUGUGUGUGGACGCUGUUACUGGGAGAUUGAGUGGAGUGGAGAUAAUGGUGUGUAUAUAUCGGUGUCAUAUAAGAGCAUCAGCAGGGAGGGAAACGUCGAUGAAUGUUGGUUUGGAUGUAAUGAUCAUUCCUGGAGUUUAAUCUGCCUCCCUAUCAGAUACUCAUUCAGACACAAUAAGAUAGUGACUUGUCUCCCUGUAGAGCCUAUCAUUGGCAGUAGAAUAGGUGUGUAUGUGGAUCACAGUGCAGGAACUCUGUCCUUCUACAGCGUCUCUGACACAAUGAGCCUCAUCCACACAAUCCAGACCACAUUCACUCAGCCACUCUAUCCUGGGUUUAAGGUUUAUAAUAAUUCAUCAGUGAAGCUGUAUUGAUGAAUCAGAAUGAGAGAUUCUACCCAUAAUGCUUUGAGCUGCAUGAUAAAUCAGUAACAGUGACAUGUUAUGGUAUCUUCUUUUUUCUUCAUUAAAUUAAUGCUGCAGCUGAACUUCUGUAGUGAAAUUAAAAAAAAAAAAGAAUAAAAUGUGUGUAAUAAAUCCUCAUAUAAAACAGUAAGACCUCUAUGAGUGUGUGGGAAAGAGAGAGCAGGAUGAUGAUAUUACGGCGUUGUUUGGAGGAGCUAGGCCACUAUAAAAGACUCUUGAUUUAAGUGAAAGGUGAAAAAUAAGGAAGUCCGGGAACAACUGGAGGCAGCAGUGAGGGAAGUAAGUGAUCAUCAGUGGAGGAUCAGAGGAUCUUCAAAUGCAAAUUCUGUUUGUGUUGCUUCAAGACAGCAGCCAUACAUUUGUGUUGUUCUUUACUUUCUUUCUUUUAUAUUCUUUCACUCAUUUACAUUAUUAUUGUUUUUAAUAUUGUUUUUCCAUUGUUGUUUAUUCUUAUGACAUGUUUCUCAAGCGAUGUUUGUCUUCAUGAAUGAACGAUAAAAGGGUAAUGAUUAUGGAAAUGCAAUGUUUAUGGGAUACUGUUUGUUGCUACUGAUUGUUGAAUAAUAACUCUUGCUGGAUAAAAUAACUUUUGGAUAUCAGACAAAACACUGGUUAUGGGUAUUCAAUAACUCUGGUGACAAGUUAUCUUGCAAGUUAUGUUGUCUAUUACCAGACAAAACUUAUAUUUUCUGACAGGAUCUGGUCUCCAAGGCUGGAUCUGAUAUUUCUGGCAUGGAGGUGUGAUCUAAAAGAAUACAUAUAAUACAUACAAACAUAAAGCCACACAUAAAGUUUGAAUAUUUCACAACCCUAAAUGAGAAAUACAUUUUUAUAAAUUAGUAAUUCCACAUGAAGAGUAAAUGACCAGCCACAUAUUUGAUUUGCUGGUUGAACACAGAAUCUGAUUGUUUUCAAGUGUUUGUAACUGCAUA